ACACGUUCUGCCUUGGAGCUUCAUUGAGUGAACAGAUGGGUUUAUCCUGUGAAAUCAAUUUUCCCUACAAUUGGUCCCGUGAUUUCUAUUGUGGCGAGAUGUUGAAUAUCUCCGUCGAGCUCAACUGCCCAAAAGAGAUGACUAUACAAGCGAUAACGUUGAAUGUGUCUUGUUCGAGCCGAAGGAACCAAGAAUCGUUCACGUUCAGCCGGUACAUCGAUGAUCGGGACUCGGAAGUUGAAGCGGAAAAUACGCGCAACACCGAAGGUAGCGCACCGCAAACGAACAUUGAUCUACUGAAUGGAAACGGAUGCCCCAUCAUGCUAGCGCCGGGCACGUAUGUGUUUGAGGUGGAAUGUCAACUGCCGGAAAUGAGCGUUGAACAUGUCAGUGAUGACGACAAAGUAGGGGAAUACAAUUUCACAAUUAGAGUUCAAAAAGCUCCUAAAACCGACUGUGAAAAACAGAAAUGUAUGUCAGUAUGUGAUCUUUUGUCGGCUAUCAGUCGGAAAGAAAUAACUUUCGUGUGGCCAGACGAAUUUGUUCAUAUCUCAAACUUUUCCAUUGCUUCAGCAAUUGUCAGUUGGUAUUAUGUGUCAAAAAUCGCUUCUCAAAAUAAUCGACACUGCUCAUCUGAGUGUGAAAAUGAUUGUCUGGAGAACUGGCUUGAGCCUAUAAUAGGAAUACCCGACGAAGAGGAUGGUGGGAGUUGAUAUAUUUGAUAUAAGGAUAGAAUCUACCGCCAUUGUUGGAAUACUCAGAAGACUGAAUUAGGUGAUUUCUUCCGACAAUAUUCCUGCUGGUAAUAAGCAGUGUUAUCGCAGUGAUGCCCUCUACGAUCUACUACGUUGUUAAGUUUGGACUGAAUUUGUUCAAUAACAGUUGUUUGUAAACCUAUCAUUUAGUUA